AUGUUUGAAAAACUCAACACACCAUUUGAAAGUAAACUGGAAAAUCACGAUCUUCACACCGAUAGAGAUCUUGCAAAUUAUAUCAAAUAUGGAUCUAGGUAUGACGACUUGACUUGUGAAACUGAUCUGGAUGAACGUCUGAUCUCAGAAUUACGCUAUGAGGAUUCCGAUGGAAAUGUAAUAAUUGAAAGAAUAACAGAAAAGUUGCCAAAAAUUUGCAUUGAAGAAGCUUCUGUGACUGCUUCAGUUGAAGAUGUUAGUCUUGGAAACAAGGAUAACAAUCAUUGGGUCUACCUGAUCAUUGUAGUUCUGUCCGUUGGUUUUGCCAAAAAGUUUUUUGCUAAACAUAGGAAUUAG